AGUCCAUGCUCGCCUUGCCAAAUUCGACCGGUGUUUUCCUCUGGUCCGUGCGUCUCUCUCUCUCGGUAAGUUGAAUCAAUCCGCUCUUCUUGGUCUCGCUUCCCCCCACCUUCGUCUUCUUCCUUCUUCUUCUUCUGGGUACGAAGGGAAAGAAGGAGAAGAGCGAAGGUCAUUCGAGGAAAUGGCAUUAGCAUCAGCCUCUGCAACGAGCAGGACUUCCAUACUGUCAUCCCACGCGAGGACACCGCCAUCGCCGAAGCUUCAGAAGCUUCGGGCUUUCCACCCUUUUCCCACUCCUGGCCUCCACUGCAAUCCCUUCUCUCUGUCCCAUCAGGCUCGGCUCUCUUCGAUCCCUUGUGCUUCGCCGUCCAUAGCCAGUUCGCCAAUCCCACGUGUCGAAGUUCCUGAGAGCACCACCGAUGAUACCUGGAGAGAAUUCGCCAGAAACAUAUCUGGCGAGUGGGAUGGGUUCGGGGCGGACUUCUCCAGCGAAGGGAAGCCAAUUGAGCUUCCUGAGUCGGUUGUGCCCGAAGCUUACAGGGAGUGGGAGGUGAAAGUGUUUGAUUGGCAGACUCAAUGCCCUACUCUUGCGAAUGCUGAAGAGCGUAUUCUUGAUUACAAGACGAUUAAGUUGCUCCCCACCGUCGGAUGUGAAGCCGAUGCAGCCACGCGCUAUAGCGUCGAUGAGAGAUAUGUUGGGGAAGCAAACGGCAAAGCUGCUGCAUUUGCCUAUCAAUCUAGCGGCUGUUAUGUUUCUGUUUGGCCAACGGAAGAUAAGGUCAAGGAUAAGAUGUUGGAAGUGGAGUUUUGUUUGAUUAAUCCCCUAGACCGGGAGUCCCGUGUGAGGAUAACUCAGGUCAUACAUGUGUCCAACAACAAAGUUCUGCUUAAAGGCGUUAGGGUUUUUUGCGAGCAAUGGUAUGGGCCAUUUAGAAAUGGUGACCAACUGGGGGGAUGUGCUAUCCGCGAUUCUGCUUUUGCAUCUACUCCUGCCACGGCAGCGUCUGAUGUUCUUGGUGUUUGGCAGGGCCCCACUUCCACGGCAAAUUUCCACAGUUCUCAAGAUAAACUCUUGGAACUUAUGGAGGUUGGUGUACAAAGAUUGGUGAGGGACGAUAGCAACCUGGUGUUGCUUCCAAAACAAUUGUGGUGUUCACUUCGAGAAAGAGAAAAUGGUGAAACUUGUAGUGAGGCAGGAUGGCUGUUCGAUAAUGGGCGUGCUAUCACAUCAAGAUGCAUAUUAUCAAGGGAUGCAGAGGCGAAGAACAUCCAAGUUGACCAUGACGAUAUUUGUCCUGUUACGUGAAGUGAGGUUAAAUAUGGUGUAGGAGAUAUCAAUAGCGCUUGAAACUGCAUCGAUGGAUAACGUAUAAAGAUCUAUGACAGCCAAAACUUCCAAAGUGACGCUGCAAACUAGACUCAGUUUCAAGUAUUUUUGCUUAAGCACUCAAGCUUCAUAAGUAGAGAACUCAUUAUCGUGUUGAAAAAGAGAUCAGCCAUUUGAAUGAGAGAAAUAACCUACCCAUCAUGGAGGGGAUACAAUGGAUUACAUUGCAAAGACAUGUUAGCUCUAAAAUUAUGUUUUGUAUUGCUCUCCAGAUGAACACCAUCGCUGUUCGGUAAUAAUUUUGCAAUAGAA